AUUUCUGAAGUGGUACAGGAGGCUGACAUCAAUGGAGAUGGUACUGUUGACUUUGAAGGACUGACUACAUAUUAUAGUUGAUCCCAAGCAGGAUUCCUUUCGUGAGGAGGAAGUUGAGGUGUAGAAUUGCCAAGGACUUACAAAAGAUACACAGUAAACUGCUGGGAAGCAGGACCACAGAGAUUAGUCUCUCCUGGGACACCAUGUCAGAGACCCUGAAAGUCAAAAGAACCCAGACUCAGGGAUCAUAUCAGAGAGUAUCACCCACCAGACUGGAGGAACAUGGUCCAGCCCGUGGGUAUCCUACUGGUUUCCAUCUGCCUGUUUUACAGACUGUUCAGUCUUCCAGACAAAGAUUAUUAUCCACCAACUGUGGAUUAUAUCAUUAAAAUGCCAGAGAUAGAAGAUGGUGACUGUGUCUUUCCAUUCUGGUAUAGAAACGAAAUAUUCUAUGACUGUGUCUAUUUCAAUGCAAAACACAAGUGGUGUUCUUUGAACAAGACCUUUCAAGGUUACUGGAGGUACUGUUCGACCUCAGACUAUGCUAAAUGUGCCUUUCCCUUCUGGUUCAGACACAUGAUCUACUGGGAAUGCACAGAGGAUGGGGAAAUGUUUGGAAAAAAGUGGUGUUCACUCACCCCAAAUUUCAACAAAGACCAGAUUUGGAAAUAUUGUACAUAAUGGAUGCAAGUUGAAGAUACUCUGACUGUAGAUCACUUGAGGUUUAGAUGAUGGAUUAUGGCAUUUUAUCGAGAGUUAUUGUUUAGCUUCUGCAUUUUAUUUGCUAUGUGUGUAAAAUGAAGCCCUUAAAAAUACCAUGUCAAGUGAAAGCAUCUUGGCAAUGUAGUUUCUUUAGUGGUCACAGUCACACUACUCAGAUGGGGGUGUUGAUAACAGAGGAGGUGAUACAUGUGUGAGAACAAAGGGAAUAUGAGGAAUAUCUAUCACUUCUGCUUGAUUUUGCUUUGAGGAUGAAAAUGGUCUAAUUAAGUCAAUUAGAAGUUCAUUGUUGAAGAAAGACUAAAUUGUGAGAACAGCUGCUCCAUGUCCACCUGCCCUGCUCCGUGUCCUCUUUGCUUUAUACCUGAACCAACUCAUCUCAUAAUCCACUCUUCCCCCUCCUAGCACCAUUUGUAUCUGAAAGUGAAGAAUACUCAGCAAAUGCCUCACUUUUUUUUUAACCCAAAAGAGGGACAGCAAACCCUACAACCUACCCUAACAGAUGAGAACAAUUUUGCUAUAGAAACACCACAGCAACGUGAAGCAGCUUUGGAAUACUCUAUUGAGAAGCAAAAGCUUCAUAAGCUGUCUAAAAGGGGAAGUCAACCGAACAGAAUUUAAUGGAUUUCAAAUAGAAGAUACCAAGGAAUUAUCAACAUUAGACUAGUAGGAGCUGUGAGCCUAUGCAUACCUUAAUCACCUAUAGCUUGGUGCUAUAGCUACCAAGGUGAUGGGAAUAUCUUCAGAGAGCUUGUCAGCAGGUUCACAUGAUCUCAACAGACAUCAGCACCCAUUUAGUUCCUGAAAGGAGAAAAGCUAAGAAUCUGAGCUUUAGAGAACUGUGUCUGUGUCCUUUCUUAUCCAGCCAGCAAAAUCAACAGUUUUUGGACAUUGGAAAGAUGUCUGGGUUAGAGCUGGAUGUAGUGAUACAUUGUGUACCCUAAUAAACUUGCCUGAG